GGAUAAAUUUUGAUGGUCUACAGAUCUAUUUUAUAAAAUGCCAACUGAAAGAACUGAAAGAUCUCGAAGAUCGUAUGCCGACACUUCCUCAAGUUCAAGGAGGCAUCGUUCCCGAUCGCCUCAUUCACGCCGGGACGAUUCUUACCACAGACAUCGAUAUGGGAGAGAAUAUGAAAGGGAUAGUCGAAGAAGUGGUGAUUAUAACGAACUGCCACGCAGGGGUUCACCUAGCCAUGAUAAAGCACGAUAUGAUUCUCGGGAAAUUCGGGAAAAUGAAAAUACCUCCGAUAAAACCCUUAAUAAUAAAGAUUCGACAAAGGAGUCGAACGGUGCAUUAAAACCUAAAGUUCCAAUAUCUUUGGAAGAAUUAUUGCAGAAGAGAGAAUCUGAGAAACAAGUUAAUGAGAGACCCAAAUUCUUGACAAAAGAAGAACGAGCAAAAGUAGCAUUGGACAAACGACAAAAAGAAGUUGAAGAACAACGUCGUAAACAGGAUGAAGAAAGGCGCCAGCAAGAAGAAUUUCAAAGACGUGCCGCGGAAGAAGCUCGUCAAAAUGGGUAUGGACGUGAUAGACGAGAUUAUUAUGAUCGAUAUGAUCGUGAUAGAUAUGACCGUUAUGAUCGUGAAAGGCCAAGGGUUAAAGAUAGAGAUAGUGAAAAACGUCCUAAUGAUAAAUCAGAUACAAAUGCAGAAACAGAAAAAUUAGCCGAUAAGGAAUUACAGGCUAUAAGGGAACGAUAUAUGGGAGGUGAACGGAAAAAACGUAAAAUACGUAAAAUGAAUGAAAAGAAGUUUGUUUUUGAUUGGGAUGCUGGGGAAGAUACUUCACAAGAUUUUAAUCCGCUGUACGCAAAUAAACAUAAUGCACAAAUGUUUGGCCGUGGACAUUUCGCUGGCAUCGACAUCAAAGAACAAAAACGUGAUCGUGCUCAAUUUUAUAACCAGCUCCUUGAAGAAAGAAGGACACUUGAUCAAAAAGAUCGCGCUGAGGAAAGGUUGGAAAUUGAUAGACGUAAAGAGUUAAAGACAAUGUGGGAUGAUCGUCAUUGGUCGGAAAAACCAUUGACAGAGAUGAAAGAAAGAGAUUGGCGUAUUUUUAAAGAAGAUUUCAAUAUUACCACUAAAGGUGGCAGUAUUCCAAAUCCUAUAAGGUCUUGGGCAGAAUCUGGUUUGUCGGAACGCAUACUUAAUCUUAUUGAGAGUAUUGGAUAUAAAUCUCCCACUCCUAUUCAACGUCAAGCUAUACCAAUCGGUUUACAAAAUAGGGAUAUUAUUGGUAUUGCUGAAACAGGAAGCGGUAAGACUGCUUCAUUUGUAAUACCAAUGCUUGUAUAUAUAUCCGAUCUUCCAAGAUUGACGGAAGAAAACAUGUCAGAUGGUCCAUACGCUUUAAUUUUGGCUCCUACUCGUGAAUUGGCUCAGCAAAUAGAGCAAGAAACAUUGAAAUUUGCAGCACCUAUGGGAUUCAAUUGCGUUUCCAUCGUUGGUGGGCAUGCAGUAGAAGAACAAGCAUUUAAUUUGAGAAAUGGCGCCGAAAUUAUUAUCGCCACUCCUGGUCGUUUGAAAGAUUGUUUGGAUCGAAGGAUAUUGGUUCUUAAUCAAUGUACCUAUGUAGUCAUGGAUGAAGCUGAUCGUAUGAUAGAUAUGGGUUUCGAAACGGAUGUAAAUGUAAUUUUAGAUGCAUUGCCUGUAUCAAAUGUGAAGCCAGAUACAGAUGAGGCAGAAAAUCCGGCUGAAAUGCUUAAGAAGAUUGGACAAAAAGAACGUUAUAGACAAACUGUGAUGUUUUCAGCUACUAUGCCUCCAGCCGUAGAACGUUUGGCUAAAAGAUAUUUAAGACGACCCGCAGUGGUAACUAUAGGAACAGCCGGUCAGGCAGUAGAUACUGUUGAACAAAGGGUAGAAAUGAUAAAUGAUGAAGGCAAAAAGAAAGCAAGACUUCUAGAACUACUUCAAGGUUCUUUUGAUCCACCAAUCAUCAUAUUUGUUAAUCAAAAGAAAGGAUGUGACGUUCUUGCCAGAGCAUUAAACAAACUUGGGUACCGUGCAACAACGCUACACGGUGGCAAAACUCAGGAACAAAGAGAAAGUGCAUUGGCGCAUCUUAAAAACGGAACAAUGGAUAUAUUGGUGGCCACUGAUGUAGCUGGACGUGGUAUAGAUGUAAAGAAUGUUUCAUUGGUAAUCAAUUAUGAUAUGGCCAAGAAUAUUGAAGAUUAUACACAUCGUAUUGGUCGUACUGGACGUGCCGGUAAAUCUGGUGUCUCGAUUACGUUCUUAUCUAACGCAGAUGCUGAUGUCAUGUAUGAUCUUAAGCAAAUGAUUAUGAAAUCACCUAUAUCUCGUGUACCUGCUGAGUUGUCAUCUCAUCCAUCAGCAAUGGCUAAACCCGGUACUUAUAUAGCCAAACGAAAACACGAGGAAACUAUUUUUCAAUGAUUUUUCUAUUUACAUCUAUAAUGAUACACAUUCUAAGAGAAAAUUAUAUUUACUGCGAUCUGUACAUAUAAAUUACACUAAUUAUUACGUUAUGAAUUACAUUUAUUUCUAAUAAAAACGGGGAAAAAAUGCAUUUUUCG